AUGGCCGAUGUGAGCUGGAAGAUGCUGGAGCUGCGAGCUCGUUCUAAACGUUCAGGUUCAAUUUAUGAGCCACUUAAAAGUAUUAACCUUCCAAAACCAGAGGGGGGAAGUCUGUGGGAUAAACUAGAUCAUUAUUACAGAAUUGUUAAGUCAACAUUGUUGCUUCAUCAAAGCCCAACGACAGGCCUAUUUCCUACAAAGACAUACGGUGAUAACCGAAAGGCAAAAGUACAUGACAGUCUUUACUGUGCUGCAUGUGCCUGGGCAUUAGCCCUCGCUUACAGGCGUAUUGAUGAUGACAAGGGAAGGACUCAUGAAUUGGAGCAUUCUGCUAUAAAGUGUAUGAGAGGAAUUCUCUACUGCUACAUGCGUCAGGCCGAUAAGGUUCAGCAAUUUAAGCAAGACCCCAAACCAUCUGCAUGUCUUCAUUCUGUUUUCAGUGCACACACUGGAGAUGAGGUCUUCUCCCAUAAGGAAUAUGGUCACCUUCAGAUAAAUGCUGUGUCGUUAUUUCUCCUCUAUUUGGUUGAGAUGAUCUCUUCGGGGCUGCAGAUUAUCUACAACACAGAUGAGGUGUCCUUCAUUCAAAAUCUUGUGUUUUGUGUGGAAAGAGCCUAUCGUGUACCAGAUUUUGGUGUCUGGGAAAGAGGAAGUAAAUACAACAAUGGUAGUCCAGAGCUGCAUUCAAGCUCUGUGGGACUGGCAAAAGCAGCUUUAGAAGCAAUUAAUGGUUUCAAUCUCUUUGGAAAUCAGGGCUGCUCUUGGUCUGUUAUAUUUGUGGAUUUUGAUGCCCAUAACCGUAACAGACAGACUCUCUGUUCAUUGCUACCCCGAGAGUCAAGGUCUCAUAAUACUGAUGCAGCUCUUUUGGCCUGUCUCAGUUAUCCUGCAUUUGCUUUGGAUGAUGAGGUUUUGUUCAGUCAAACACUAGAUAAAAUUAUUAGAAAACUGAAAGGAAAAUAUGGGUUUAAAAGAUUUCUGAGAGAUGGGUACAGAACAGCGCUGGAGGACAAAACACGACGUUAUUAUAAACCAGCAGAAAUUAAGCUUUUUGAUGGCAUUGAGUGUGAAUUCCCUCUGUUUUUUAUUUUCAUGAUAAUUGAUGGAGUUUUUAGAGGAAAUCCUGCACAAGUAAAGGAAUAUCAGGAUCUUCUGGAUCCUUUGCUUCAACAUACAUCUGAAGGGUGUCCUGUUGUACCCAAGUACUACUAUGUACCAGCUGAUUUUGUUGAACUGGAAAAGAAGAACCCUGGCAGUCAGAAACGGUUUCCUAGUAACAAUGGACGUGAUGGAAAGUUUUUCUUGUGGGGACAGGCGGUUUACAUCAUUGCAAAACUCCUGGCUGACAAAUUAGUAAGUCCUAAAGAUAUUGACCCUAUUGGACGUUAUGUACCUCCACAAGAUCAGCGGAAUGUUAGCAUGAGAUUUUCGAAUCAGGGUCCUUUAGAAAAUGAUUUGGUAGUACAUGUGGCCCUGAUAGCAGAAAGUCAGCGCCUACAAGUUUUUCUGAACACGUAUGGAAUCCAAACUCAGACCCCCCAGCAGGUGGAACCAAUUCAAAUAUGGGCUCAAAAAGAACUUGUCAAAGCUUACUUCCAUUUGGGAGUCAAUGACAAACUGGGAUUAUCUGGAAGACCGGACAGGCCUAUAGGAUGCCUUGGAACAUCAAAGAUUUAUCGAAUACUAGGAAAGACUGUGGUUUGCUACUCGAUCAUUUUUGAUCUAAGUGAUUUCUACAUGUCUCAGGAUGUUAUGAUGUUGAUUGAUGACAUUAAGAAUGCACUGCAGUUCAUUAAGCAGUACUGGAAAAUGCAUGGUCGUCCACUGUUCGUUGUACUUAUCCGUGAAGACAAUAUAAGAGGGAGCAGAUUCAAUCCUAUACUGGAUAUGUUGGCAGCCUUUAGGAAGGGAAUUGUUGGAGGAGUGAAAGUUCAUGUUGACAGAGUACAGACAUUAAUAUCUGGAGCAGUUGUUGAACAACUUGACUUCCUAAGAAUCACUGAAACAGAAGAGGCUCCCGUAUUUAAGAGUUUGGAGGAGUUGGAUCUUCCAAAACAUUCGAAAGUCAAGAGACAGUCUAGUACUCCAAAUGCUUCUGACCUUGAGCAGCAACCCGAUGUAAACAUUAAUGACUGGAAAACCAAGUCAACAUAUGAGAUCCUGCAGAAACUUAAUGACUGCAAUUGCCUAGCAAGUCAAGCAUUACUCUCAGGUAUAUUGCUUAAAAGGGAAGGACCGAAUUUUAUCACCAAGGAAGGUACUGUUGCUGAGCAUAUUGAAAGAAUCUAUAGACGAGCUGGCAGCAAAAAGCUCUGGUCUGUUGUGCGCUUCGCAGCAAGUCUUUUAGGUAAACUAGUGGACAGCCUUGCACCAUCUAUUACUAAUGUUUUAGUUCAGGGCAAGCAGGUGACACUUGGAGCUUUUGGCCAAGAGGAAGAAGUUAUUUCUAAUCCCUUAUCCCCAGGAGUGAUUAAGAACAUAAUCCCUGAACUUUUCAGUGGCAUGCUGAAGAUACGAGUUGGAUGGAUUAUCCAUGCUAUGAAGUAUGAAUUGAAAAUCCGUGCUGGGGAUAUGCCAGCCAAGGACUUAUACCAGAUGUCCCCUAGUGAAGUGAAGCAGCUUCUGCUGGAUAUUCUUCAACCGCAGCAGCAGGGGAGAAGCUGGCUAAACCGAAGACAGAUAGACGGUUCUCUCAAUCGAACUCCUGCUGGAUUCUAUGAUCGUGUGUGGCAGAUCUUGGAGAGAACCCCUAAUGGUUUAAUAGUGGCAGGGAAAUUUUUACCACAGCAACCAACCUUAUCAGAUAUGACGAUGUAUGAAAUGAACUUUUCCCUUCUAGUUGAAGAUAUGCUGCAAAAUAUCGACCAGCCGGAAUACAGGCAAAUUAUUGUAGAGUUGUUGAUGGUUAUAUCUGUUAUUCUGGAGAGAAAUCCUGAGCUAGAGUUCCAGGACAAAGUGGACUUGGACAAAGUGGUGCAAGAAGCAUUUCAUGCCUUUCAGAAAGAUCACAGCAGUCCAAGGGGAGCUGAAAAACAAGAUGACAUGACGGCAUUCUACAACACUCACCCCAUGGGAAAAAAGGGAACGUGCAGCUACUUGAGUAAGGCUGUGAUCGCGCUAUUGCUGGAAGGGGAAAUGAAACCAAGCAAUGAUGAUCCCUGUACCAUUAGCUAAAGCUUGAAACGCAACAUAGGAAUUGUUGGUUUAUUUAGCGUUCUAUGUAUUUUUCAUGCAUAUAUUAAAAGUACUGUUUUAAAGAGUAGCCCUGGCUAGUAAUACAAAUACAUACUGUUCUUUGCUGAAAGAAGU